AGGUUGGACAGCGGCAGGUGCAAUCUAAACUUAUGAACAUUGAACACACCACUGGAAGAGACAGCACGCGGUCAGUAAUGUGAUGUUAGAGCCACAAAUACCUUGCUCAGUACGGAGUAUGGAAUCUGAGUUAAGAGUAGUGCCACAGUAAGAAGUAUACCUACAAUCCCGAGUCUCUGGAUCCCGAGAAAGGACGGGUUGUAAUCUCUAGCAUAUAACACCAGUGUUGGCAAGAUUUGGAUCUUGUGUUACCUAGCAACUGGCCCGCUCAAUGGCCUAGUCUAACCGCUGGGUGACAACAUGUUCCUUCUGGAUGACAACAGCUCAUCAUGCUUUCGAAGAAUUGCUGAAGGAUGGCAGGCAGUCCUGCAGUGGGCUGGAAAGCUCGGGGCAGGUGAAUUUUUGGUUUCCAGGCUUGGCCUGGCCAUGAUCCAGUGGAGACCAGGGACGCUAAUGCAGGUCCCCCCGGGUCCUUACCAUGACAGGGUUGGCACAGCCGAUUUCCCUUUCCCCUUUUGGUUGUAUUCCCUUCCAUCGUCGAUAUUUUCCAAUCUCCGUUUUGCUGGGCGAUCCAGCAGACUCCAGCUGCACAGGAAAAAGGACCGAGUGCCCGGCAUCUAUCCACGGGAAAUCGUCAGCGUCAGCCGCGACGUGAGGCUCUCGACUUGGUUUGCCGCAUCUCGACUCUCCACUGAUGUGCAGAAUGCACAUGGCCCUUCCUGGGAUGAGGCGCGGAUCGUUGCUACACUUUUACCUACAUGCCGCCGAGGCUCCGCAGGUGCUCGGCAUCGUGAGCUGAAGGACAUGGAUACGCUUCGACGCUUCGACCCCGGACGCCGUGGCGUUGCGGCGCUAGCAAGCGUAGCUUGAUAAGCCUGCUAACCUGGUUGUGCCUCGCCCAAUGGACCGCCGCGGCUCCCCUUCUGCGUGCCGGCUGGUGGGCUGUAUAAAAGACGUUGGAUGCCCCCUGAUAUUCAGGGCGCCCU